UGUAAUAAAUUUAUUAAAGCAUAUAAGAUUACUUUAAGAAAUGGUUUUUUUAAAAAAAUAUAUUGUUGAAAUAGAUGAGGAAUCUUAAAUAAUUAUUGAUAUAAAAUCUGAUUUAAUUGAAACAAAAAUAGAAUUAGAUUAAAUUUUUAAAGAUAUUUUAGAGGAUGAAUCUAAAUAAGAAAUUAGUCAAAUUUAUAAAUAAUUGGGAAUUCUUUUAUAAACUACAUUGCGAAGAGUUGAACAAUGUACAUUUUUUAAAAAUAAAAAAAUUAAAAAAUAUUUUAUUUUUUAUAGAUGAAAAAGAAGAAGUAGAAAGAUUAAAGGCAGAAUAAGAGGAAAUAAAACUAAAAGAAGAAGAAGAAUAAAAGAGAAAAAAAAUUGAAAACGGAGAUGAAUCUGAAUCUGAAUAAGAAAAUCAAGAAGAAUAAGAAGAAAAUUAUAAAAAUAAUAAAUAGAUUUAAAAAUAAGAAUAAACUUAAAAAAAGCAACCAAAUGUUAAUGAUUUAUUUAAAAUAUAGUUAAAUGAGAAAGAUUUAACUUUAGAAAAAGAAGAAGAUAACAUGAAAGUUUAUGAAGAUUAACUUUUAAAUCUAUCAAAAAGUAUGAAAUAAAUAUCAAUGGCAAUGAAAAAUAACCUAAUUGAAGAUAAUGAAGAUAUAAUAUGA